AUGAGCUCACAGACCCCCACCCCGGCUCAUAUGCUCGCGGAAUCUAUGCUGUCGCGGCGCUUCGGCAAUGAGACGGUGAACUACUUUUCGAGUACGGAUAUGAAGAGGUGGCAGCACGUUUGGAAUAGCACGACUAAUUUUCGCACAGGCUCUCCUAUCAACCGUUUAUCAUUUUUGCGCGGUGAUCACGCAUUUCUUUCCGCGGCCCUGACUCACCCCUCCACCCAGUACCUACUUCUUAACAACCUUGCCCCGCUCACCCGGUCGCCAGCCGAGGUAUACUAUGCGAAAUAUGACGAUGUGCGCAAUCUCGUCCCGCAAAAUACCUUUGAUCAGUCCGAGGAGGAAAUGAUCAAGGGCUUUGAUUCCCGCAACACGCAUGCGACCCUAAUUUUCCUUGGACUGGACGAAAGCCGGAAGGACGGGAGCUUGAUGUAUAAGGCCUACUCGGGUGUUCCAUUCUUCGCGGUUGAUGUAACCCCGAAGGGCUCUGUGGCUCAGCGAGCGGCUGCUCAGGAUAUUAUCAGCGCGAUGGAAGGAAAGGGCUUGUCUUUCUUCCAGACGAGAGUAAUUAGUACAUUUACCGCCGACGAAGCUGCUAUAUAUGCGCAGGCGCGCGCACUAAUGGACUGGAACACCCGCAAUACCUUCUGUGGCACCUGCGGCCACCGCACGCUGUCCGUGAACGCUGGGACGAAGCGGGCUUGUCCCCCCACAGAUGCGGCGCGAACUAGCGAAGGCCAGUCGGAGGAGCGCCCUGAAUGCAACACACGGACGACCCUUUCGAACUUGUCGUUCCCCCGUACCGACCCCACUAUCAUCGUGGCGGUUGUCUCUGCCGAUGGCAAGCGGAUCCUGCUCGGGCGUGGUAAGCGCUUCCCGCCAAAGUGGUACUCGACUUUGGCUGGCUUCAUUGAGCCAGCAGAGUCCAUUGAGGAUGCGGUUCGCCGAGAGGUGUGGGAGGAGGCCGGCGUGACCCUUUCGCGGGUCGUUAUCCACUCCUCGCAACCUUGGCCGUACCCGGCCAAUUUGAUGAUUGGGGCAAUUGCGCAGUGUAGUGCCGCAGCGCAUGAGAAGAUCAGCCUCGAACAUGACCCUGAGCUGGAAGAUGCGCGGUGGUUUGAAAUUGAGGAGGUCGAGGAGGCUCUACGCAUUGGUGCCAGCGACUUGGGCUCCGGUCCUCUUCCUGAGUACAAGGGUGGCUUGAGGUUGCCCCCUGCGACGGCCAUUGCGAACCAGUUGAUUAGCUCCGUUGUGAAUGCGGAUUACUUCCAAGGAGAAAAAUCUAAGAUGUGA